AUGUUUUUAGAAAAAGAAAAAGAAAAAGAGAGUUUAAGUGAUUCCUCAUUUGAAACUAUGAAUAAAGAAGUAGACAAUGAAAAUAUAGAAAAUAUUAAAAAAGAAGAAAAUGAAAAAGAGAAUAAUAAUAAUAAUAGUAAUAAUGAAAAUUAUGAAGAUGAGAAUAAUGAAGAUAAUGAUGAUAAUAAUAAUGAUGAAGAUAAUGAUAAUAAUGAUGAUGAUGAUAUAAAUAUAUUAUUAAUUGGACCAAGUGGAAGUGGUAAAUCACUUUUAAUUAAUUCAAUUAUAACCUAUAUGAGAUAUGAUAGUUUAGAAGGUGCAUUGAUAGAAUCUUCAAAUGCAUCAUUAGCAACAAUACCCACAAUAGUAUCAAUGAGUGAUAGUGAUGAUAAUCAAUUUAAUAUUAAAAUUGGUACAAUUGAAGAUUCAGAAGAGGAAAAAAGAAUUGUACAAUGUAAAUCAGUUACAAAAAAGACAAAAAAGUAUAGAAUUAAAAAUUCAUCAAUUCAAGGUAGUAAAACACUAUGUUUUAUCGACACACCAGGUGUAUUAGAUAGCGAAGGUAUUAGAAAGGAUGAAGAGAAUUUCCAUCAUAUACUAAACGAGAUUUCAAAACUUAAACAAUUGCAUGCAGUUUGUAUCAUUAUGAAACCAAAUGAAAAUAGAGCUAGCCAAGUAUUCAAAUUUUGUAUCAAUGAAUUAUUAUGCCAUUUACAUGUGUCUGCUAAAGAUAAUAUAUUCUUUUGUCUCUCAUCAACUAGAUCCAUUCAUUAUAGAGCUGGUGGUAGUGAGACAAAGAAACUCUUGGCAUUGCAAUUGGCAAAUCUUAAAGAAACACGUAAUAUUCAUAUUGAACUAGAGAAAAGAACCUACUGUUUUGAUAAUGAAUCUUUUAAUUAUUUAGUUUGUAAAAAGAAUGGUGGUAACUUUUCAGAAUUUGAAGAAUCACUUUAUAAUCUAAGUUGGACAACAUCAGUACAAGAAUUAACAAGACUACUAAAAGAUAUCAUAUCUUGUAAACCACAUGAUAUUGAAAAAACAUUAUCAAUUAAUUUAGCAAGAACAAUGAUUAAUCAACUAAUUCAACCAAUUACAAUUUGUGUUUUUAAUAUUAAUGAAAACUUAAAAGCAAUCAAUGAAAAGAAAAUUGAAAUUGAAAAUUUAAAUCCAGAUUUAGAAAUUGAUCAAUUGAAAAAGAGAUUAUAUACACCAUUUGUAAAUAUAAAAUCAUUAGAACUCGAUAAAAGGGCAACCAUUUGUACAAAUUUAAAAUGUAUUUCGACAACUGAAAAAUUAGUUACAACAAAAGAUGGCCAAAUUAAAAAACUUGGUUAUUGUUGUAAUACUUGUAAUGCUUCAAGUGGAAAGAGUGUAUACUCUUGUAAAUCAAUUGGGUUAUUAGGAUUUUGUAAAGUUUGUUCAUGUUAUUUCACUAAACAUAUUAAUAUUGAUACUAUUGAAAUUAGAGAAGAAAUUCAAUUACCUUUAUUUAAUGAUGAUGAUGAUGAUGGCGGUGGUGAUUCAAAUGAAGAAGGAAUAAAAUUAUCAAUUAAAUCAAAAGAAGAACAAUCAAGAAUUUCAAAAGAUUUUUUAAAAUCUUUACAAGAUAGAGUUGAACAAUAUCAAAAUGAAUUAAAUAUUUUAACUUGUUCAUCAGUUCAAUUCUCAAGUUUUCUUUGUAAAAACUCUUUACUUGAAUAUAAUGAUGAAAUUGAAAGUUAUAUUCAAAUUUUAAUUUCAAAUGAAAAAUCAAAUGGUACUAAUGGAAUUCAAUCUAUUAAAGAUUUAGAAAAUUAUUUAGAAUCUCAUAAACAACAAAUUGAUCAAUUUAAAAAUAAUCUUGAAAAACAAAAAAUUCAAAGAGAUAAAAAACAAAAAGAAAAAGAAAUUGAAAGAGGUAUUUUCUAUCAACCAUCUGAUCAAGAGUUACAAAAUGAUGAAAAUGAAUUCAAUGAUAAUGAAUCUUUUAAAAGUGUCACUGAAAUUAAAUUAAAAAUUAAUGAAAUUUUAAAUUUAAAAUAUUCUGGUAAUUUCAUUAAAUCAAAAUUAUCUCAAUUUGAAUCUUUAAAUAAAUUUUAUAAUAAUAAUAAUAAUAUUAAUAUUGAUAAUAAUAGUAAUAGUAAUAGUAAUAAUAAUAAUAAUAAUAAUAAUAAUGAUAAUAAUAAUAAUUUUAUUUUAAGUGUAAAGAAAAGUAAAAGAAGUAGUGGAAUGUUAAGUAGAAUAUUUAAUAGUUUUAAAAACCCAAAAUAA